GCCACUAAGGACAACCCAUGGCUGGGGCCCAAGGAGAACGCUAUGCGCCAGCACCGACAGGAGAUGAAGACCAAGAUGAAGAGUAACAAGCCGGAGGACCCCAAAACUCCCCGCGGCAAGCAGAUUCAGUGUCAGCAGGAGCUGGACCAGGUGCUGGAGAGGAUAUCUAAGAUGCCCUUCAGAGAUAACCGAGGCCCACUGGAAGAUCUGUAUGCCCUGCACAUCCCCAACUGUGACAAGAGGGGGCAGUAUAACCUCAAACAGUGUAAGAUGUCUCUGCACGGCCAGAGGGGGGAGUGCUGGUGCAUCAACCCACACACCGGUCGGCCCAUCCCAUCAGCACCGACCGUGAGGGGAGACCCAAACUGCAGCCAGUACCUUAGAGGACCAGAGAUGGACACCCUCGCCUCAGCCCAGAAAUAGUACGGCCCUGAUUCUCCCUUUGAUCGGCCUGAGUCUUAAAACACAACAGAGGAAGCAGUACUCUAAACACUUAAGUAAGCUAUCAAAAUGUUUCUGUUUCUGUGUAUAGUUUUGUUUGGUAUUAAAUCCAUUCUCAGCGAUAUCGUACAAUGUAACCACCAUAAUGUGUCUUGGCUUGAGAACAAAUUCCACUGCAAGGGCAUAGGAUGUGMCAAGCAACAAAGAUGAAAUCCAUUCUUCUUUGCAAUUUCAAAGGAAGUCAGUGUUUAACUGGUAUUUUCAUUGAUCUCUCUCUCUUUCCCUCCUCUCGUAGCUUUUCUGUGGUGAACAAAGUCUAAUGAGAAGAAUGUUUACUAUGGGCUGAAUUCUAACUAGAAAUCUGUGUGUCCAUCUCAGACUUUUGUGUAAAAAUCAAGCAUUGAUGUCAAUGGGCGAUUUGCACGUAAAUUCCAAUKAUAUGCACAUUUGGCAAUUAGUAUUCACCCCUAUGGACCUCUUGUAUUCAAUGUAUCUGUUGUAGGGUAUCUAGAGAAAUGUUAUCAUGRAAAAAUKAUUUGACUUAUUUGAAAGGUGAAUAUGUGAAGCAUAAAACAAAACAGUGAAUUGACGCUUUAAGGGAUUAGUGUCUUACUUACUUAGUGUUUGUAUGGCUGUGUUUACACUGGUAGCCCAAUUCUAAUAUUUUGCCACCGAUUCGUCUUUUGACCAAUCAGAUCAGAUCUUCUGCGUGUGUAAACGCAGCCCAAGUGUCUUACUAUCUGGUGCUGGGAAGUGAACAUGUCAAAUGUUUGGUGGUUGUGUACUCAACUCCGCCUACCGUUUGUUUGUUUUACUGUGUUCUACGCCUUCAGGUUGGUAGGCUACUAAAACUAUGAAACCUACCUUCUAUAGCCUUUGGAAUAAACAUACGUCUUCUAUACACUGUAGGAAAACCACAUAGACAAAGUGUUGUUGUUACAAACACAAAUACACGUUUUUAGAUUUCCUCGUUAAUAGGAACACAAAUAGAAAUGUAGAAUUGUUUUGUGAUAAAGAACGUCUUGUUAUAAGAUGAAGUACGUGAUUAAAUGGAUGGUAACUUCCUGUA